AUGCUUUGCCUCCUGCUCUUUGUGCUGUGUCUGAACUGCUUGGAUGUGGCUGCCUUCAGUUCAAUCGCUGAAAACGAGGAUGCGCUCCUCAAGCACUUAUUUCAAGGCUAUCAGAAAUGGGUCCGCCCUGUGGAAAACUCCAACGACACUAUCAAAGUCCUUUUUGGAUUAAAGAUAUCACAGCUUGUGGAUGUAGAUGAGAAGAAUCAGCUGAUGACAACCAACGUGUGGCUGAAGCAGGAAUGGAUUGAUCACAAGCUCUCCUGGAAUCCAGAAGAAUACGGUGGGAUCACCGCCAUCCGUGUUCCUUCUGAGUCCCUGUGGCUUCCCGACAUUGUUUUGUUUGAAAAUGCUGAUGGACGUUUUGAAGGAUCCCUGAUGACCAAAGUCAUAGUGAAGUACAAUGGAGUGGUGACCUGGACCCCACCUGCCAGUUAUAAGAGCUCCUGCACGAUGGACGUGACCUUCUUCCCCUUCGACAGGCAGAACUGCUCCAUGAAGUUUGGGUCGUGGACAUAUGACGGCAGUAUGGUGGACUUGAUUUUAGUGGAUGAAAAUGUAGACAGGAAAGACUUCUUUGAUAAUGGGGAGUGGGAGAUCUUAAACGCCAAAGGUAUGAAAGGCAACAGAAAGGAUGGGCUGUACUCUUACCCAUUUGUCACGUACUCUUUUGUCUUGAGACGCCUUCCACUGUUUUACACUCUUUUCUUAAUAAUCCCUUGCCUGGGAUUGUCAUUUCUAACUGUCCUGGUGUUUUACUUGCCUUCAGAUGAAGGAGAAAAGCUUUCACUAUCUACCUCAGUUCUAGUCUCCCUCACUGUUUUCCUUUUAGUGAUUGAGGAAAUAAUCCCUUCUUCUUCCAAAGUCAUCCCUCUGAUCGGUGAGUAUCUGCUGUUCAUCAUGAUUUUUGUGACCCUCUCUAUCAUCGUGACUGUGUUUGUUAUCAACGUCCAUCACCGCUCCUCAGCAACUUACCAUCCCAUGGCUCCCUGGGUUAAAAGACUCUUCCUCCAGAAGCUGCCUCGGUUGCUUUGCAUGAAGGGCCAUGUAGAUCGUUACUCCUUCUCCGACACUGAAGAAAAGGAAACCACCUUGAAAUCAAAGCUCCUGGCGAGGCAGAAACACAAGCAAGCAAAAGACGGAGAGAAAAUUGUUAUUGCCUUUCUGGAAAAGGCAGCCGACUCCAUUCGGUACAUUUCCAGGCAUGUCAAAAAGGAACAUUUCAUCAGACAGGUUGUCCAAGACUGGAAAUUCGUAGCUCAAGUCCUGGAUCGGAUCUUCCUGUGGCUAUUUCUGGUUGUGUCAGUGACAGGUUCAGUUCUCAUCUUUACCCCUGCAUUACAGAUGUGGCUGAACAGCACUUUGUAG